AUUCCGAAUAGGGUUUUAGAGGGAAAAAAAGGAGAGUCUGGAAUUCUGGCAGGGUGGGACUGUGGGAGGGAGGUUUAUCUGCAAGACUGCAACUCAAAACCAACUGAUAUGGAAUAAAACCAAGGAAAGCGGAAGACCCUCACCACUACAAAAACCUCUUUAAUGGCUCUUCUGAAACCUUCCAACUUUUCGAUUCGACUCAUGGCAUCGCGCUUCUUCAUCUCCGCAUCUAUUCGCACUCACAGUCUCUCUCUCUCUUCCUCGUUUCCCAGCUAUUGCUCUGCUCUCUACUUCAGCAGAACCAGAACGAGUUUUCGGUCGAAAUCAAUUUCGACUCGGUUUUUGCGGCGAAAUGCGGUUUGUGCAAAGGCUUUCAUGUCGUCGAGCACAGCUGCUGAAGCAUUUCAGGAGAAUGCGACCUCGAAAGCUUAUAGUUCGGAACAGAUUCAGGUGCUGGAGGGCUUAGAUCCUGUCAGAAAAAGGCCAGGAAUGUAUAUUGGAAGUACAGGGCCGCGUGGGUUACAUCAUUUGGUUUAUGAAAUAUUGGAUAAUGCUAUUGAUGAAGCUCAAGCUGGAUUUGCCUCCAAGAUAGAUGUUGUUUUGCUUGCUGAUAAUUCUGUGAGCAUCACUGACAAUGGGCGUGGGAUUCCAACGGAUUUGCAUCCAGUUACAAAGAAGUCAGCAUUGGAGACUGUUUUGACGAUACUACAUGCAGGAGGCAAAUUUGGGGGUUCAAGUAGUGGUUACAAUGUCUCUGGGGGGUUGCAUGGCGUGGGCUUAUCUGUUGUUAAUGCUUUGUCUGAGGCAUUACAAGUUACUGUUUGGCGUGAUGGAAUGGAAUACCAACAAAUGUAUUCCCGUGGAAAGCCAGUGACAACUCUGACAAGUCAGGUGCUUCAAGGUGACUUAAGUGAUCGUCGGGGGACACGCAUCAAGUUUUGGCCUGAUAAAGAAGUAUUCACCACUGAAAUUCAGUUUGAUUAUAGCACAAUAGCUGGGCGAAUUAGGGAGCUGGCAUUUCUGAAUCCUGAGCUCAAAAUCACUCUAAGAAAGGAGGACAAUGUUCCAGAGAAGGCACAAUAUAGUGAAUACUUCUAUGCUGGUGGGUUGGUGGAAUAUGUCAAAUGGCUAAAUUCUGAUAAGAAUCCACUUCAUGAUACUGUUAGCUUCAGAAAAGAGGUAGAUGGAACCACAAUUGAUGUAGCCCUUCAGUGGUGCUCAGAUGCAUAUUCAGAUACAAUGUUGGGAUAUGCGAACAGCAUAAGAACAACUGAUGGUGGUACUCAUAUUGAUGGUAUAAAGGCUUCGAUAACAAGAACUCUCAAUAGCUUAGGAAAGAAGUCAAAGAUUAUCAAGGAAAAGGAAAUUAGUUUAAGUGGUGAACAUGUAAGGGAAGGAUUGACAUGUAUUAUCUCAGUCAAGGUUCCAAAUCCAGAAUUUGAAGGACAAACAAAGACAAGAUUGGGAAACCCAGAAGUGCGAAAGGUGGUUGAUCAAUCGGUGCAAGAGUAUCUUACAGAGUAUUUGGAACUGCAUCCUGAUGUCCUUGAUUCAAUUCUUUCCAAAUCACUGAAUGCUUUCAAGGCAGCUCUGGCCGCAAAGCGGGCAAGGGAGUUGGUGAGGCAAAAGAGUGUCCUGAAAUCGUCUUCUCUUCCUGGAAAGCUAGCUGAUUGCUCAGCUACAAAUCCUGAGGAAUCUGAAAUAUUUAUAGUUGAAGGUGAUUCAGCUGGUGGUAGUGCAAAACAAGGUCGUGAUAGACGCUUUCAGGCUGUUCUGCCCUUAAGGGGUAAAAUUUUGAACAUUGAAAGGAAGGAUGAGGCAGCUAUGUACAAAAAUGAAGAGAUUCAGAAUCUUAUUCUUGGUCUUGGGCUUGGUGUGAAGGGAGAAGAUUUUAAAAAGGAUGCCCUCCGUUACCACAAGAUCAUCAUCCUAACAGAUGCUGACGUGGAUGGGGCUCAUAUCCGCACUCUUCUAUUGACAUUUUUCUUUAGAUAUCAGAAAGCACUAUUUGAAGAAGGUUGUAUUUAUGUGGGUGUUCCACCCCUCUAUAAGGUUGAACGGGGUAAGCAAGCACACUAUUGCUAUGAUGAUGCAGAGCUUAAACGUCUUCAGAAUAGUUUCCCUUCAAAUGCAUCAUACAACAUCCAGAGGUUCAAAGGCUUAGGAGAGAUGAUGCCUGCACAAUUAUGGGAAACAACAUUGGAUCCAGAGAAGAGGCUUCUGAAACAAUUAGUAGUUGAGGAUGCUGCUGAAGCAAAUGUGGUUUUCUCCUCCCUCAUGGGCUCCCGUGUUGACGUUCGGAAGGAACUCAUACAGCAGUCUGCAAAGAUGGUUGACGUGGAUCAACUGGAUAUAUAGGCAUUUAUUCGAGACCAGGUUUAAGAAUUCCACCAUGUAUACAGUUCAAAAGAAUGGUGAAAUAGAAACCUCUGGUUUGUUUUUCAUUUCUCAAGGCAGAGGCUUUCAUUGGUGUAUUAACGGUUUUUUCAUUUUUUUUUUCAUUUUUCUUUUGCAAAUUAAUGUCUGGUGCUAUUACAAGGCACCUGAUAAUUCAUUUAGUGAAAUAGGUCUAUUGGGCUCAUUGAAUCAUGAUGUAGUGAAAGAAAAUUGCAUCCUUUCCAGGUGUUUGUCAAAUGACAUUAGAACUUGAUGCAUCUUUUCCAAGGAAUGGUGUCUAUUCUCUCUUUUGCUCAAUGUAAAAUUCCUACUAAUCACCUUUAUUCAUGUGAAAUUGAGAGCCACGCGCUUUACAAUUUUUUUCA